AUGCCGCCCAGUCCGGUUUCCAGCUCCAACGUCGCGCACAGCUACGCCAUUGGCGAGCUGGCAGACACGAUGCACUUUCCACUACCUGCAGGUUACUUUGGCAACGUCCAAAUCUCUUCAUUCAAGCGCCAGGAAUACAGUGACAUUGUACGACGACAUGUGAACGCUCUACUAGCGGAUGAAUAUCGCUACACCGAGCGAAAGGCACAGCAACAACCACUGGUGCAGACGACAGAAUGGAAGUUUUUCCGUCGUAUGGGGGACUUGAAAGUUUACCAGCGACGUUUUCGUCGAUCGAGGCAGGAGGUGGCGGGCGAGGAAGAGUUUCCGGAAGCCGCGAUAGCAGUGGAACGUGGAAAUCCCAGUAUGUUAACGAUCGGGUCUGUGAGUGGCACUAUUGAGGACAUGCUUUACGGAAUUAGCGCUACGACACAAGACGAAAUGAUGACGGGGCUGUCAAUGACCCACCCGCCACUAGACGCUGUGCUGUUAAAUGUCUUGGAGAGGUCUACAGUUGAGGACCCUUUGCGCUCUGCUGACAUUGUUUGGGUUCUAACGAAGGUACCGAUUAUCAAGCCCAGAGACGUUUGCUUUCUCAAAGCUAUGGGGAUGGGUGUGGAUGGAAACGGGAAGCCGUACGGCUAUUUGGUGUUGCACUCGGUAGAUUUGCCCGAAUGUCCGCCAUUUGAUUAUCGCAAAACGAAAGUUCUUCGAGCCAAGUUGUUCUUCUCGUUUCUGUUUCGAGAAACCACUCCUGGCCACGUGGACGUGGUGGGACGUGGUGUUUUCGACUUGGCAGGAGGAGAGAUGCUCAAAUUCGUGCUGCCACAUGCUGCAACUGCACUUUUCACUGCAAUUUUGAAAAGCGCGAGUUGCGGUGAAGGGAAGAAACUCACGCUGUUGGCAUUUAGCCACUACGAUGAACGCAGACACUUCACGGAGCUGACGAAGAAGAGUGUAUGCUCCAUGUGUAUAUCGAGGAGAGGGAUGCUACGUUUGCGCAUGUGUGACGUGUGUGGCGUCCCCAUCUGCAAGAAAUGCAAGAUCAAAGGCAAACUUAUUUUCACUGGAACGAAGCAUCCGAGUCGUGAAGCCGUGUGUUGCGCGACCUGCUCCCAGCAGGCAAAAGGCAUCACCGGCGUACGCAUUGGCGAACCCGAGUUCAUUGUCGUGGCAGAGUAUUACAGUAAGGGUCGCCCUACGUCAUCCUCCGCGUCUUCUGGACUCUUGGCGCCGACGGCAACCCUGUCGGCACUUUCAUUGGAAUCUUCUGUUCGACAGGCCCAGCAAAGUACAGUAGAACGAGACCACGACACUGGAACGCCCGAUGACGCCGGUAAAGCCGCCUCAUCGGUGGCAGUCACAAACUCUACGAUGGGGGACACUUGUGCCAGUUUCGACUUUGACGUGAGUUUUUCAAGUGACCGGAACUCGACUGAAUUGUUGGCUGAGCUUGACGACGUGACAGAGGAGACAGCCCCGAAGGCUUGGAGCGACCACUAUGGAGUCGACGUAGACGGUAUCGCGAAACCUGUCGCCCAUUACAGAACGGCUUCGAAACGGAGACCCAACAACAUGUUCGAGUGGAUGAUGGAGCUGCAGUCGUCCGCCGAGGAAGCGUACAUCACUGCGAAAGCCAAUGAAGAACUCAUGAAGAAGUCCAUGCGUCCUGCAUGGCACGACGUCCCGUUUGCCUUGUCGAUCGCCAAGUGUACCGCGGACAGAGUGCCACAUUAUCUUGCGUCAUCUCACUGGUCCCUUCCCGAAGAGCUGGUGGCGACACUACCGCCGAGUCCAACAAAGGUCCCCACUCCCCAACUCGACGAGAUGAGUCCCAGUCCAAGGCCAGCGGAGAGCUGGGUGCUCCACGCGGUGCAACCUGAACUGCGACCAGUUGGGGUACCGUUAUACCCUGGUUGUUUUCAAGCUACAGAUGCGGACAGACUACGAUAUACCACGCUAAUUCGAGGUCGGGUGGACUCCUUAUUAAGAGACGAGGCGUAUUACGCAGAGCGUCGAGCUCGCAACGACUCGUUCUUGAAUGCCGGGGAGUGGAAACAAGUUAAAAAGGAGAAGGACUUGACGUUCUAUCGACGACUGCAACGAGGUCGCUCACUUCGGGAAUUGGCACUCGAGGAGGACCUUCCCGAGAUCCAACGAGCGGUCGAACGCGGCUAUACGAGUAUGAUCUGUGACGGGUUUAUGAAGGGGACGAUUGAGGGCAUGCUGUAUGGGAUGACAGCGUCGUCUCAGGACGAUUUAAUGACAGGAUUCUCGUUCAAAGACCCGCCCAAGGACUGCGUCUGGCUUGGCACAGUGGAAACAUCCACUCGGGAGGACCCAUUCCGCUCAGCAGAUUUGAUCUGGGCCCUACCCAAACUACCUCCAAUGCUUGACCAGGUCGACGUCUGUUAUCUCAAGGCAACAGGUGUGGAAAUGGAUGCAAACGGCGAGAAAUAUGGGUACAUGGUGUUGCAUGGCGUGCACAUUGCCCAGUGCCCUCCAUUUGCAGCGCACGGGAUUUCCCGCGCGAAAAUGUAUUUUGCCUGUUUGUUUCGGGAACCACGCCCUGGACUUUUAAAAGUGACGGUGCGAGGCAUCUUCGAUCUCAGUAAAAAGGUGAGAAUGCUCAAGGGACUCGUGUCUGCCGCUACAACAUCCAUAAUGGUCGGUCUUUUCAAUGGUGUCGGGAUCGCUACGUCGAAGUUCUAUCGAAGACGUGGACAACAAAGAACCGGAUUCAAGUCCUGA